AUGCAGGAAUAUAAGAUAAUUAAUGGAGUCAGAGGAAGAAAUUUUAAGAGGUGCCAGCUUGAGCCAAUAAAAACUAGACCAAGCUAUAAUUCCUACUUAUCAGCACAAAACUCAUCAAAGUUUUUUAUGUAUGACAGUCAAAGUUCUGAUGAAAUGGAAGGAAAUGAAACAAUAGCCCAUGGAAUCAAGGUUGUCAUUAGAACUCCUACAGAGUUUUCUGUUAAUUCUAGUUAUAACGACUUGAGUUUGAAAAAUCCUGCAAAUUACUCAGUAAAGCAUACUAGUAAAAGUCUUGAGAGAUUUACAAAUAAUUUCAGCAGGAUAAAAAAGGGAAAAAUAAUUUCGGUAUAUAGUCAAAAAAAUCUAACAAAAGAAAAUAAGAUAAAAUUGCCUCCAAUCCACAUAGAACAUAAUUUCCUCAAACACUCCAAAAGAGCAAAGAAAAAAACUUUAAAAGCUAGUGUUGUGAAUAUGCAAGAGUUAUUUUCAGCUGCCUCAAUGCAAAAUCAUAAAAGUAGGGGACAUAAUAACGAGAUUUUUAUGUAA